UCGUCUCGUUUUUGGACAAUACAGAGUUGUAAUAGAACUCGCCACACAAGACCCUUCCGUUUCGUUCCGCAGACUCAGUCAUGGGUGGAGCAGGAGCUCAAGCUCUCAAAAGAAUCCCUCGCAUCAAAUUCCCCAACAGACGUUCCAAUUCCUCUGGUUCUGCGUCUCAGACUCAAUCUUUGUCUUCAGCCACUGAGAUCAAUCUUCCUUUCUUUUCAAGUUCAAAUACUUCAACAUCAUUGGGAGGGAAGGCCUCUCUUCAACCCAAAAGAACUCCUGUGACCGAUGAAGAGAUUGAGGCAGUUUUGUUGGGUGGCUGCUUCUAAAUUCUAACUGGGAGUUCAAGGGCAGACUAUAUUUUGUUCAUCUUUGUGUGGUUCCUAUUCAUCAAAUUUCCACAGUUGAUGGUUCUUUAGUUGGUGUCAACCUUUUGGCAAUGGCAUAGACCAAUAUACUAUAGUGAUUUUACUUGUCAAUAAAGGAAAAUAUGCACUGGAUUUUGAUAUUUUAAACUGUGAUAAUUAGUUAUAUAUUUUAGUGUUUUACAUUGAUGGAAUUCAAAUAUUGAUUAUUGAUAAAAGAAGUUGAAAGGUUUGUUUGUCA